UUUUUGGGAAUAAUUCUCGAAUGAAAGUUGAUGAUUAUAAGGGCCUUGCUGAUAUCUUUCUUGAUUAUCGUGUUGAUAAGCUUGAGAAGUGUCUUGAUCCACUGACCGGUUGGAAGCGUCACUUGGAAUCAAUGAUUAGUUUGCUUGAGAACCCACACAAGCAGUACCUUUUAUCUAUGCUUGAUGGGAAGUUUGACGAGGUUAAUGAUCUCAUGUCAUUAGAAGAAUUUACUGAGGAAAUUAACGAUCUCAUAUCAUUAGAAGAAUUUACUGAGGAGGUUAAUGAUCUCAUGUCAUUAUAAGAAUUUACUAAGCUUCAUUACAGCAUUGUACAGAAGGCAUAUCUCUCAUACAAGCAGCUUGAGGAUAAAGAUCAUCAUAUGACAAUAGAGGAAUUUGUCAAGAGGACAUGUGUAGAGCUCUUGAUUUGCUGCGAAACCUGAAAAGUUCUUUGCAUCGAAACGAGUUCAUAGAAGUUCCCACAAACAAUGCAGAGGAAAAAAGAAGUAAUGUCAUUCAACAAGAACUUCCAAAUGAGAAAAGGAAGAGAUGGGGUUUAUCUACCACCUGCGAUGAGAUAAGUAAAGGAUUUCUCGAGCCCGUCCAGCAUUUGCUUAUGCCUGCAGAAACACAUAUGCCAGUAAAAGAUGUUACCUUUAGCUUUGGAAGGCUAAGCUUGGAAAGAGAUAAGUGCCUUAGGAUUCUUAGGUUACUUUCUUGGUCAAUUUCUCUUUCACAACUUAAAAACCGUCGUGAAAUAAUAGACUUUUGCUUGAAGAAGGCAUGCCUGAUUUUCUGCACAGCAUCAGGUUCUUCCAAAUUGUUCACUAAAGAAAUGACACCAAUGCCUUUUGUAUUCAUUGAUGAAGCAGCCCAACUCAAAGAGUGUGAGUCAACCAUACCUCUGCAACUUCCAGGUGCAAGACACACUAUUCUCAUAGGUGAUGAGAGGCAACUUCCUGCAAUGGUUAAGAGCAAGAUUUCUAAUGAAGCUGGAUUUGGAAGAAGCAUGUUUGAGAGGCUGGUAUCAUUAGGAUUCGAGAAGCAUCCCCUUAAAGUCUAGUAUAGAAUGCAUCCAUCUAUAAGCUUGUUCCCCAACAGGGAAUUCUAUGAAGGGCUACUUGUGGAUGGCGAGAAUGUCAUAGUUUCAAGCUAUAGUAAAUGUUUCCUUGAAGGAAAAAUGUAUGGCUCCUAUUCUUUCAUAAACAUAGCCAAAGGCGAAGAGCAAUCUGGUCUUGGACACAGCUUGAAGAAUAUGGCAGAAAUUGCUGCUAUAUUAGAGAUUAUAAAAUGCCUUCAUAAAGAGUUUCUCAAAAACAGAAGGAAAAUCAGCAUAGGAGUGAUAUCUCCAUAUAAAUCUCAAGUAUAUGAAAUCCAAGAGAAAGUUAAGCAGUGCAAUUUGGUUUCAGAUGCUGAUUUCUCUGUGAGAGUUCGUUCUGUUGAUGGUUUUCAAGGUGGUGAAGAAGAUAUCAUAAUGAUCUCCGCUGUCAGGUCUAAUGAGUCUGGAAAUGUAGGGUUCCUUUCUAAUAGACAAAGAGCAAACGUGGCUCUAACUCGUGCUAGGCAUUGUCUUUGGAUAUUGGGGAAUGUAGAAACUCUUGAACAAAGUCACUAAAUUUGGACAGAGGUAGUAAACAAUGCAAAGCAAAGAGAUUGCUUUCAUGAUGCUAAUGAUGACCAGAACUUGGCUCAAGCCAUUAAAGAUGCAUUGCUUGAGCUUAAACUAGUUGGCAAAUGAAAGUCACCAUUUUAGUCACUCAGAGUAAGGGACUAGACAGAGAAGUUUGGAACAAGUGCUGUGCAAGUUCUAGUGAUGUAAUGAUGGAGGUGACUUACAAGGGAAGGACGAGCUUGGUAGAUAUUGUGUUUUCUUGGACUAUUGACGAAGUUCUCAACGAAAAACUUUAUCAAGACAAGGUGCCAAAGAUCCCAUCAACAUUUUUGACAGCAUCAGGAUACAUGAAGUCCUUUAUUCCUUCACUGAUUGAGGAAACACACAGUGAUCUGUGUUCAAGCUUGAAGGGAAUUUCUCAAGCCCCUGCUUGUAAAAUCCUGACAUGUAAGAGGAUGUGUAAGGGCCUAAUCUAUCAACUGACAUUGAAUGGAACCUCUGGUGGACAAUAUGAACCUGCAUUUGGAGAUCUCAUCGCCCUCACAGAUAGUAGGCCAACCAGCAUCAAAGACUUGAACAAACCCAGAAGAUACUAUCAUGUUGCUUAUGUUCAACGGUCAAAAAGUGAUCAGAUAACAAUACUUUCAUCCAAGAACAUAGAGAUUGAAUCAGACAUGAGAUGCAACAAGGCAGAAAAGCUUCAUGCUGUCUGUCUUAUAAACUUGACAACCAAUAUUCGUAUUUGGAAGGCCUUGAACUGGCAGUUGGAGGGUGCAAACUUGAAUAUUAUUGGAAAAAUUCUGCGAUCUAAUGAUCUGUUUGGAAAGAACAGUCACAUUUGCUUUUCUGGGGACGACGAUAGUAAAGGCAUAUCAAUUACAGAAAACAUAAUCAGAUCUCAGAGACUGAAUGAAUGCCAGAAAGAUGCUGUAUUAAGCAGUGUUACAAUGAGAAAAUGUCUUUACAAUCACACUGUGAAACUUAUUUGGGGACCCCCCGGGACUGGCAAGACAAAGACAGUUGCAUCCAUGCUAUUUGCACUGCUCAAACUAAAAACCAGAACAUUGACAUGUGCUCCAACCAAUACUGCUGUGUUGGAAGUGUCAGCUCGCCUGCGUAGUUUAGUUGAAGAUCAACUUCAGUUUGAUACCUAUGGGCUUGGUGACAUAGUGCUUUUUGGGAAUAAUUCUCGGAUGAAAGUUGAUGAUUAUUGGGGCCUUCCUGAUAUCUUUCUUGAUUACCGUGUUGAUAAGCUUGAGCAGUGUCUUGAUCCACUGACCGGUUGGAGGCAUCACUUGGAAUCAAUGAUCAGUUUGCUCGAGAAACCUCAUGAGCAGUAUCUUUUGUCUAAGCUUGAUGGGAAAUGUGAGGAGGUUAAUGAUCUUAUGUCGUUAGAGCAAUUUACUAAGCUCAAUUACAGUCAUGUAGAGCAAGCAUUUGUCUCAUACAAGCGAGAAGUUCAGGAUGAAGUUGAUCAUAUGACAUUGGAGCAAUUUGUGAAGAUGAAAUACAGUUGCAUUAAAGAUCAAUACCUUUCUUAUAAAGCUGAAGUUAAUGAUCUUAUGUCAUUAGAGCGAUUUACUAAGCUUAAUUACAGUCAUGUAGAGCAAGCGUAUGUCUCAUACAAGCAAGAAGUUCAGGAUAAAGUUGAUCAUAUGACAUUGGAGCAAUUUGUGAAGAUGAAAUACAGUUACUUUAAAGAUCAAUACCUUGCUUAUAAAGCUGAAGUUCAGUUUAUAAAGAGGAGGUUCAGUUUUAUUAGUGAGAACCUCAAGUUAUGCUUGCAAACAUUGUACUCACAUUUACCAACUUCCCUUGUUACAUUUAAGGUGGCAAAGAACAUGUCUAGAGCUCUUGUUCUGCUGCAAAACCUGCAAAGUUCAUUGCUUUUCGCAACUAUCAAAAAGUUUCUUAAGCCCAUCCAGGAUAGUCUUAUUCAUGUGGCAACACAUGUUCCAAAAAAUGUUACCUUCAGCUUUGGAAGGUUGAGCUUGGAAAGAGAUGAGUGCCUUGGGAUUCUUAGAUCAUUUUCUUGGUCAAUUUCUCUUCCACAACUUAAAAACCGUCAUGAAAUAGUAGACUUUUGCUUGAAGAAGGCAUGCCUAAUUUUCUGCACAGCAUCAGGUUCCUCCAAAUUGUUCAAUGAAGAAAUGACACCCGUGCCCUUUGUAGUUAUUGAUGAAGCAGCUCAACUCAAAGAGUGCGAGUCAACCAUACCACUGCAACUUCCAGGUGUAAGACAUGCUAUUCUUAUUGGUGAUGAGAGACAACUUCCUGCAAUGGUAAAGAGCAAGAUCUCUGAUGAAGCUGGAUUUGGAAGAAGCAUGUUUGAGAGGCUGGUAUCGUUAGGAUACGAGAAGCAUCCCCUUAAAGUCCAGUUUAGAAUGCAUCCAGCUAUAAGCUUGUUCCCCAACAGGGAAUUCUAUGAAGGGCUACUUGUGGAUGGCAUGAAUGUCAAAGUUUCAAGCUAUAGAAAAUGUUUCCUUGAAGGAAGAAUGUAUGGCUCCUAUUCUUUCAUAAACAUAGCCAAGGGCGAAGAGCAAUCUGGUCUUGGACACAGCUUGAAGAACAUGGCAGAAAUUGCUGCUAUAUCAGAGAUUAUAAAAUGCCUUCAAAAAGAGUUUCUCAGAAACAGAAGGAAAAUCAGCAUAGGAGUGAUAUCUCCAUAUAAAGCUCAAGUCUAUGAAAUCCAAGAGAAAGUUAAGCAGUGCAAUUUGGUUUCAGAUGAUGACUUCUCGGUGAGUGUUCGUUCUGUUGAUGGCUUUCAAGGCGGUGAAGAAGAUAUCAUAAUGAUCUCCACUGUCAGGUCUAAUAAGUCUGGAAGUGUGGGGUUUCUUUCUAAUAGACAAAGAGCUAAUGUGGCUCUUACUCGUGCUAGACAUUGUCUCUGGAUAUUGGGGAAUGCAGAAACUCUGAAACAUAGCAGCUCUGUAUGGACAAAGUUAGUGAAUGAUGCUAAGCAAAGACGGUGCUUCCAUAAUGCUGAUGAUGACCAGAACUUGGCUGGUGCCAUUAGGAACGCCAUACGUGAGCUUGAACUGGUUGAUGAAUCAAAGUCACCAUUUAAGUCGCUCACUAUUAGGGACAAGGCUGAGUCAGCUGCUACAAGGCCUAGAGGUUCUCUUGGUGGCAGCUCGAGGAAACCGAGGUGGUGAAGAAAGGAAUUAAGG